GGUCAAUGCUUAAGUAUUGCCCAGGUCGUCAACAGAACUGGAAGCUGAGAACGCUCAGGAUGUCUGGCAGCAUCUGUGGAGAGUGAGAGAAACCGAGUUAAUGCCUCAGGGCUGAGAAAAGUGAGAAAUCUAACAUGUUUUAAUUUGCAUAGAUGGGAGGAGGGGGCAGAGAGAAGAGGGAGUGUCGGGUGGAGACUAAUAGUCCGGAUGACACAGGUGGUUGUGUGAGCUCAGUGAGGCUGGUGCAGGCUUGUUCAGUGCAGAGUUCCUAACCGGAGGAGACGUGCGCAGAGGGUGAAUUAAUUCACAUAAAGAGAGUGCAGAACAAACGGCGGAACUGUGAAAUCUGAAAUAAGGCUCUGGAAAUACUCAGCAGGAGAUGGAGCAGUGGAAGAUGUUGGUCUCGUUCCUGAUGGUUGUUCUCCUUGCAGCUGGGGGGCAGGGCAAUCACUGCACUGCCAGUCGAGCAAAGACCUGCACCAUGUGUAUCAGAGUGGCUGAGGACUGUUCAUAUUGUGCUGACAAGACCUUCACGUUCCCCAGGUGUGACCUAGCGAGCAAUCUCUUGUCCAGCUGUAAAGAGAUUGUCACAAUGAAGUCCGAGAUGCACAUAAUUCAGAGCACUCGGAUUGAUACCAGUAGGAAACGCACCCAGAUCUCACCACAGCAAGUGUCCAUGAGCCUGAGGGCCGGAGAGGAGAGGACCCUGAACUUCGAGGUGUUCCAGCCACUAGAAUCUCCCAUUGACCUCUACUUCCUCAUGGACUUCUCCUACUCCAUGCAGGAUGAUUUGGACAACUUGAAGAAGUUGGGGCGUCGGCUGGCUGGAGUAGUGGAGAAAAUGUCGAAUGACUACACCAUCGGCUUUGGGAAGUUUGUUGACAAGGUGUCUGUUCCACAGACAGACAUGAGGCCAUUGAGACUUAAGCAGCCAUGGCCAAACAGUGAUGCCCCAUUCUCCUUCAAGAACGUCAUUCCUCUGACCAACGAUGUAAACAAUUUCAUCCAGAAGCUGGAGAAGGAAAGAAUCUCGGGCAACAUGGACGCACCUGAAGGUGGAUUUGAUGCAAUUCUGCAGGUUGCAGUCUGCAAGGGUGACAUAGGUUGGAGGCCUGACAGCACCCAUCUGCUGGUCUUCUCGACUGAAUCUGCCUUUCAUUAUGAAGCUGACGGCUCCAAUGUCCUCUCGGGCAUCUUGAAAAGGAAUGAUGAGAAAUGUCAUUUGGACAACAGCGGCAGUUACACCCAGGAUACCGAGCAAGACUACCCUUCCAUCCCAACUCUGAUACGCCUUCUCACCAAUCAUGGCAUUAUUCCUAUCUUUGCUGUUACUAACCAUUCAUAUUCUUACUAUGAGAAAUUGAGCAAGUAUUUUCCAGUGUCUGAUAUUGGGCAGCUGCAAGAGGACUCGUCCAAUAUACUCGAUCUGCUGCGCCAUGCAUUUGAGAACAUCCGGUCAAAGAUGGAGAUCCGGGCUAACAGUGUCCCCAAAACAAUGAGAGCCACUGUCUCGUCGUUGUCAGCGGCCAAGCCGCAGAGCGAGUCAUCCACCUUCACCGUCACCCCGGGACAGGUGAAUAAGUUCCGCCUCAGUUUGAGAGCUUUGGAAAAGGACGGUGACAUUCACAUGUGCAACAGGCCCCAGGGCGACCAGGAGGGAAUAAUUAUUCUCAAACCCAGCACUUCCACCGACUCUCUGUUGCUCAACGCCUCGCUGCUGUGUGCCCAGUGCCCCUGUGAGAAGAAACCAGAGGUUGACUCGCCCUUGUGCAGUUCCAACGGUGACUUUGUCUGCGGACAGUGCCAGUGCAAGGAGAAUUGGCAGGGUCUUCGCUGUGACUGUCUCAUGGGCGUGGAGGGAAACAUUGCUGACUGCAUCAACCCCAAGAGCAACAGCAGUGUGCCUUGCUCUAACCGUGGGGAGUGUCAGUGCGGGAUCUGCUACUGCUUCCCCUCAGAGAAACAUCAAGAACUCUAUGGCGGGACGUACUGUGAAUACAGCAACCUGCUGUGCCCGCGCUACGCCGGCUUCACGUGCAACGAUCGGGGUAAAUGCUUUGAGGAGAAGUGCCUUUGUGAUGCUGGAUGGAUGGGUCCCUCGUGUGAAUGUCCGAUCAGUAACGCUACCUGCAUAGAUCAUAACGGAGGGCUGUGCAACGGCAAAGGCAUUUGCGAGUGUGGACAGUGCAAGUGUGAAGAUAAAAACGCAGACCCAACCUGCGGUGCCAACACCUACUUGCAACUGCUCGGGCUGUGUGAAGACACUCGGACGUGUGUCCAAUGCCAGGCCUGGAACACUGGGGAGAAGAAAGGGCAAAACUGCAAUAAGUGCGACGACGUGUUUGAGUUUGUGGAAGAACUGAAGCAAGACAAGGAGGUGACGGAGAGCUGCCAGUUCCGUGACGAGGACGAUGACUGCACCUACUACUACACGGUGGAGAAAAUCCCAAACGUCAACACCACCUACCUCCAGGUGCGGAAGAAGAAAGACUGCCCUCCCGGAGGCUUUCUCUGGCUCAUCCCGCUCAUUAUGUUCCUGAUGAUGCUCCUGGGCCUGUUGCUGCUGCUGUGCUGGAAAUACUGUGCCUGUUGCCGGGCCUGCUGUGCAAGGCUCCCCUGCUGUGCCAUGCUGCCAUGCUGUGCUGGAGGCACCCUGGUUGGGUUUAAGGAAGACCACUACAUGUUCCGUCAGAGCAAGCUGACCUCCAACUCCCUGGACACGCCGAUGGUGCGGACCAACAAACUGGACGGGACGGACAUUGUGCGGUGGAAGGUGACGGACAACGUGCACAAGGGAGCCACUGCUCACUCCCAACUCAUCAGCCCCAAGGACUCUGUUCUCUACAACCUGUCGCUGCGGGCAGCCCGAGUGUUCAACAACGAGCUGAACAACCCGGACUCGAGGGAGUCCGAGCAGCUCCGGCUCCUGGCGGAUGAAAAUCUCAACGAAGUGUAUAAACAUAUUCCAGGGGCUCAGACUGUCCAGAAAACGAAAUUCAGGACCCAGCCACAUGCAGGAAAGAGGUCGGACCUGACCAUCAUUGACACUCAGCUGCCAGCGCCCCGUUCAGCAGAACCGGAGAUCAUGAAGCUCACCGAGCACCAGGUCACCAUGGGAACCUUCAACGAUCUGAAAGUCGUCCCGGGCUAUUACACAGUGGCGUCUGAUCGAGGUGCCCAGGGCCAGGUGGAGUUCCAGGAUGGGGUGGAGCUGGUGGACGUGCGGGUGCCGCUCUUUGUGAAGGACGAGGAUGACGAUGAGAAGCGGCUGCUGGUGGAGGCUGUGGACGUGCCGCUGGGAACGGCCGAGAUCACCAAGCGCUUCGUCGACAUCACCAUCAUCAAAGAGGCCGCCAAGAGCAGCAUCACAUUCCUGCAGCCUUCCUACACGUGCCAGCGGCAGGACAAGGUGGCCAACAUCGCUCUGCUUCGUGACAUCACAGAGGACGGACGCACCCAGGUCUCCUACAAAACACGAGACCUCACCGCCAAGGACGGCAAGGAUUACGUGUCAGUGGAAAACGAAGUCACCUUCCUCCCCGGGGAGACCCGCAAGGAGAUUCCCGUCAAACUGCUGGAGCAGACGGAGGUGGACUCCCUCCUGGGCAACGAGCAGAUCAAACAGUUCCUGCUGGAGUUGUACAAACCCCGUAACGGUGCGAAGCUGGGCAAGUUCCCCCGCACCACCGUCACCAUCGGCGACGACAACGUAAAGCAAAGGAUGGAUCUCAACCAAUCGCUGUUCCCAAUUGAUUUGCCGCCCCUUAACGUGAAACCACAGCCAAUUGACAGCAAGAGGAUCCGUGUGAACUGGAGCCCAGCCGUGGGGGAUGUGACGGGUUACAAGCUGAAGUACUGGCCUGAAGACGAUGAGUUCUCCUCCAAGACGGUUGAGACGAGGAACACCUCGGUCGAGCUCACCGACCUCCAGCCCAGCUGUGACUACGCGAUGGAGGUGUCGGCCUACAACACGCUGGGCGCCGGGCCCUGCUCCAACACCGUGCGCUGCCGCACGCUCGACAGUGCCAGUGAGACUAUUCCACUCAAGCAGGGUUUGACCUCCAUCGACGCCCCGCCCUCCAACGUCAAGGUGCAGCCAAUCAACAGCAGGAAGCUCCGAGUGAACUGGAUCCCGCCCCCGGGUCGACCAACCGGAUACAAGGUGACCUACUGGAUCGAAGGGGACGAGAACUCCUCGCAGGUCGUGACCACCGCCACACCGUCCGCUGAGCUCCCAGACCUGUACCCCUACUGCGACUACGAGAUGAACAUCUUUGCCUACAACGCCCUGGGCGCCGGCCCCCGCUCCGAGACCGUCAGCUGCCGCACACCGGAAGACCUGCCUAAUGAGCCGGGUCGAUUGGCGUUCAACGUCCUUUCACCCACGGUGACACAGCUGAGCUGGGCUGAGCCGUCGGAGGCCAACGGGGAGAUUCUGGAGUACGAAGUGAGCUACACCAUGGUGACCGACGAAAACCAGCCGAUUGGACCAAAAAAGAUGGUGAAGAUCAACAAGCCGAAGAAGAGGAUGGUGAUGAUCGAGAACCUGAAGGAGGAGCAGCCGUAUCGCUACGCAGUACGGGCCAGGAACGGAGCCGGCUGGGGUCCCCCCCGAGAAGCCACAAUGAACCUGUCGACGCAACCGAAACGACCGAUGUCCAUUCCUAUCAUCCCAGAUAUUCCCAUCAUUGACGCCGAGGCACACGAUGAGUACGAGAAUUUCCUGAUGUACAGCUCGGAUGUCAUGCGAUCACCCAGGCCCAGCGUCUCUGACGAUACAGACAUGCAGAUGAACGGGAGGUGGGAGACGAACACGACGUUUUCCGGAGGUACCCAGAACACGAUCACUCAGAACACUGGCAUUCACAGCCAGCAGUUCACACGGACCAUCGGGGGGGUCUCGGAGACCCUGGCGCCAGGGCAGGGUCAGUGGAUGUCCGCACAGGGACCACCAAUGCAUGGAAUGCAGGGAGUUGACUACACAGUCACACAACGGAUGAUUGGCGGGAGGAGACGUACAGAAUCCGAGGAUGUGAACGCUGCUCUUGAGAACCUGGAGAUGGCUCUUCAUGAAAACCGCUCUCCGGGGGUCCCCAACACCCCGACUCGCCUGGUCUUCUCAGCGCUGGGAGCAACCUCGCUGAAGGUCAGCUGGCAGAACCCUCCGUGCGAACGAGAGGUCCUGGCCUACCGGGUCACCUACCAGUCCCUGGCAGGAGGUGAGAUGCAAACUGUUGACAUCCCAGACCCCAAUGAAAACUCGCUGAUUAUCAAUGACCUUCUGCCCAACUACUCCUACAUGUUCAAGGUCAAGGCUCUGAGUGACAAGGGAUGGGGUCCGGACCGCGAAGGAGUCAUCACCAUCGAAUCCAAAGUGGACCCAAUGAGCCCCCUCAGCCCGAUCCCAGGUUCGCCGUUCACACUGAGCACACCCAGUGCCCCUGGGCCCCUGGUGUUCACUGCAAUCAACUCCGAGUUGCUCAAACUGAGCUGGGAGAAACCCCGAAAACCAAAUGGAGAUAUAAUGGGUUAUGUGGUGACCUGUGAACCCUUGGGCGGGCAAGAUGAGACCAAGACGUAUCAAGUGGAAGGAGAUGAUGCAGAGAUGACUCUAAUGGUGCCACAUCUCAGCGAGAACGUUCCAUACAAGUUCAAGGUUCAAGCAAAGACCACGCAGGGCUUUGGUCCAGAGCGGGAAGGGAUCAUCACCAUCGAGUCUCAGGAUGCAGGAAGCAUUUCUAAGUUCAGUAAGCAGACGGUGAUGAGGAAUGAAGAGUUCACAAUGCCUGGGAACAUGAGCACAGAGACCAGCCUGAUGCAGUCCACCAUCGACCCCUUCUUCUCAGACGGGAUGACUGUUACAACACAAAGGAUGGAAGGAGGGACGUCCGUCACCCAGCAGGUCACUCGGACCAUGAUGACCAGUGGAACAGUCACCAAACAAGUUGAAAGGAAGUUCUACGAGGCCUGAUCGCCAUUUGCCCACCGCAAAGUCGUGCUCUUUGGGUUCUACAUUCAACCACACCAAUGAACAGCCUCUGACAUGGCCUUGGACUCUCAGCUUGUGAGCACCUUAGAUAAAGACAAUUGCAGUGGUUGCUUGCACCUGUCCGUAUGCAGGCUUGGCAAGUCUUUACACCUCCGUGACCUUGCUGUCAUGUGUUCUGCUGACCGCAGAUAAUUAAGACUCUGUUUUCUUUUUGUCUGAGUUUCUACACUGUUUGAAGGCUCCAGUUCUUUCAACAUCCAGCUGACUCACCUCAAGCCCUGGCCUCCAGGAGCAGGUGGACACACUGAAGAGUCUUCAGCCCUCUCAGCAUUAUUUGUGUCGCUACUGACUGCAAGAGGCUCACCAUAACUUUCCUUCCACUGCCCAAACAUCUCACACUUUGGGUCACGUGUACUGUUGAACUAUAUCUGUUGAACUCACUUUUUCAGUCAGGUAUCAGCUACUAAUUUUUGUAAAAUAUUUAGAAAGUGAUUGGGAAUAAGCACAAUGCGUUGAUACCAACACAUGUAACGGGCAUGCGUUUUUAUUCUACUUUACCUUUGUAUAACUCAGUUCUCCAGCUUGUAAUACCCUUGUCCUCCAGCUAUUCAUGUAUAUCCCCGUUUUCUCUGCAUGGGCAAUACUUACUCCGCCUAUACGGGGCAGUUAUUCUGCACUCCCUCAAAUAUCCCAGCCAUCUUCAUUUGAUUUGUUUAAGGAUUAAUAGGUCACUAUCAACUAGUUCCAUUUUUGUAAACUGCUACUUGAUGGAAAGUCCCUCAGAACACAAUCACUGGCAAACUCUGGGUCUUUCACACUUGGGAAUGAUUCCAGGAACACCUCGUCACCAGUGAGGCACCUGCACUGUACACCAGGAUUAAUGGUGGAGCAGUGAAUGUUGAAAUUUAUGGGAAAUAUACACUGUAAACAAUGAUGGCACAAGGAAUGGUCAUAUAUCUCAAUGUAUCCCUCCUGCCUGAAAGAGAGCUUACUCUGUCCUGUCCCAUUUCCCAGCUAUUCCAUCUAAUUGCACUUUCCAUUUUACUUGGAGCCCUAAAAAAGUGCUCACCCAUUUACUACUUAGGUUUCAGGCACUACUGGCACAGGUUUCUGCCUCCAGCACCCUUCCAGACAGAGUUCAAGAUCCUGCCAUUAGAGGGGGUAUGCACCAGUCUUCUGCCACGGAGGACCAGAGGUUCAUGUAGUUUAGAGUCUAGGCUGCUCUGUUUAGCUCCAGUGUCAGAUGGAGACACACCAAAAUCACCGCACUGCCUGAAAGUUUUAUUCUCUGUAGCCAAAAUUUGUACUCGACCCUUCAGCGGAUAAAGCCAUUUUUGUCAUAUUAUAUUCUUAUUUAAGGCCACCUUUCUGAAAAAAAUAUGCAUGCCUUGGUUUUAUAUCUAAUGGUCUAUAUUGGUCAAUCUAUAUUGACCAGACCCUCCAAAGACUGUAACGUAAGAGACCGACGGGUCUAGGUUUAAAGUCCAGGUCCAACCUCAGCUGGGACAGCCCCAGUGACGUACAGGAGGUGGGGGUGGGAAGAGGGCCAAGGUGGGAGUGGUGACUGUGAAUCAAUUGAUAUUCCAGUUCAGGAGGUAAGAGGCUGGUGCACGAAAGUGAAACGCUGUAUCUCGGGUGAUCACUCUCCGUAAGCUUGGCUUGUCUACUAUAUUCCUCCCUGCUGAUGUGCAAUGGUUAUGGAAUGCAAGGAAAUGCUUCUCGUUUGUUUAUAAUAUAUAACUCUGAAAUAUA